CCGAGAGCAGCCUCGUCACGUCCAUGGGCCCAGGUGCCGGGCAGUCGACAUUCGAGCGAGCCAGAAGCCAGAUCCGAGUGGCAGAGCGAAUGAAAAGGGGGAAGGACAAGAUAUUUCUCAGAUACGAAAAGGCUGAAAUCCACGCUAUAACGAUCUGCAAUAAGGAUGUGGCAGGGAUGAUUUCCUAACGCGGGUGAGUCACGCUGCGACGUACGCUACCACAUCCGCAACGUACACAUAGGAACGUCCGCGCGUCGUAGAACCAAGUAUGCCGAGGAACCCAGGCAUCUAGACGUGCAGGCUGCCGGCUCUUCGUGUCAAGUUAUGAAUUAAAGACCGAGGAACGACGCGGGAGUCAUUACGCUGCAGUGGAACACAGCCGGCACGAGGCUGACUGGUUUUAUGGAGCGGUAGUUGUUGGUUGUCAAUCCACGCGGAGGUUUUUCAUUCUCGUUUAUCACCGGCAAGCCUGUGUCGAUCUGGUGUGUGACAGGCUCACCGACGCGUUAUUCAUGGAGUGAAGAAGUGACGAGUUUACACGAAAGUGCGGUAUUGUGUAUGAUACCUACCUGAUUUUACUCUGGGUCGGGAGCGAAAGGUCAAUGCCUCAGUAAUACAGCAAGUUUAAGCAUAGGUGUUAGCGUAGCACACAUAACGUACUCGAAACUUGCGUUUCUUGUGAAGUCUAAUGAGUGCGGAUUGGCCCAAGAUCCUGGCGUCUGCACUCCCUUGCGCAGACGACCGACGCAUUGGGGUGUCGAAACGACUGUGAAAAUCCCGGCAAACCAACCCCGCGACAUUGUUGCUGGUCUCUUUGUUCCCACUCGAGAGUAAAGAUAAACCGCGACAGAGGCUAUCCAGGAAUUUACAAGCUCCUCGGUGCCGCAUCGCAUAUAUUUGCUGCGGUGAAUCGAAUAAUGGUAAUUCCAUUUUCAUCGUCAAUGGCCGUAGCCUCGGUACCAACCGGAAAUUCCGGCGCGGAUCAAGAUUCUGGAAAUCGGAUGACUCCCUCGUUGUACACCAUACCGAAGGAUUAUCUUGACCCAGGAAAAAAACCGGCGGACUACAAAGAGAACAAGACAAAGAUACACCCACCAAGGACGCAAGGCACGGCUAGUUCAGUAACCUCGUUUGCAGCAGGGUCUUCCCUACCCAAUUCGUCUUCAGUGAGUGACAAAAAGCCUUGGUGUCGACGAGUGGCUCCUUGUCUCGCUUUCCUCGUUGCAUUUUCCACAGCGAUGGCCUUACUCUUAGUGUGGAGCGAAGAUGCCGAUAGGAGGAGGAAGGCCUUCAACAUCAAUAUGACGAAAGAGUACGUACACAGUGUUCCUAUGGAUAACUCUGAACUGGUAACAUAUAUCAGGGAAGUUCAUCUUUUGCCAACGACGCAUCAGGAUCCCCUUAAUUCUACGCAGACGGAAGAGGAAAAGUACCUGUCAAAUUUAUUCCCAGGAAAACGGAACGGAAUUUACCUCGAGUACAUUAGUAGGGUGGGAGCUAUUUCAACUACGACGUGGCUGGAGUCAAAUAUGAGUUGGCGAGGAGUUUUGGUUCUCACGGAUCCGCGAAGCUUCUUCGAGGCUCACAGAAGCACCAGAAACACGAAGACAAGAGUUCUACAUGCCUGUCUAAGCACAGACAGGGAUACCAAAGAGAUAACCUAUCACCAGGAGUCAGAAGUGCAAGUUACCAAACUGGGCGAAGGCCCAAACAGCCUAGUAAGUCCAGAUGAAAGUUUGCCACCGACGAGACUAAAGUGUUUUCCACUGUACAGCGUGCUGUUGGCUUAUAAUUGUACAAAUCUGGACUACCUAAGUUUAGACAGUUCGGAUGCUCAAGACGCACAGGUGCUGGAUACGAUUCCGAGGGAAAUGACGCGAAUUUCCGUCUUAUCAAUUCAAUGGAGUCUGCAUCACAGUGAGGUAGAAACAAAACGCCUAAUUCAAAAGCUGACCGAGCGGAGGUACAAACACUUUCACACAACGGAGACUGGGAAGAUGAUAUUUCUCUACAACAGACUACUCAAAAUUUGAAUAAGAAUUAUUGUAGGAGGUUCUCAAGCCGUGGACUUUGGUCAUGAAUCUAGACCAGGAUGAGAAACUGAUUCAUACGCUUUCCUAUACCAAAUGAGCAAAAGUAAUACUUUUCACUUGAUCUUUCUAAGGACAGAUAUAUUAUCUACGCGUGAUGGACAAAUUACACUACUAAGUUAUGCAAAGUUUUGUGAACAAAAUUCUUAUCUACUCAAGUUUUGACAUUUGGUUGUUCAGAAAUUUAGUUUUUAAUAUUAUGUCUUACGUAAGGAUUUUGAGUUCCUGCAAAAGGGCUAAUAUUACAGCGAUCAUAUAGAUGUUUCAGUGUGAUACGCAUAUGGUGUUUCUCUCGUGAAAUUGACAAUCCAAAAACCCUCAUCUUGUCUGUUGUAAUUUGCGAUUUUCCCGAUGGUACUAUUCCUCUGAUUCACUCUGUUUAUUUUUCAUUUUUUUUUCGAGUCGUCGGCGAAUUAUGAAUUUCUUUGGCUUAAAAAUGACGUCCACACCAACUGUCUUGGAAAAAUUCUCAAAAACCUGUUAUUCAAGACAAACAUUUUCCAACAAAAUUAAAAAUGGUAAAUCUCUUUGUGUUUUAUUUAAAUUUGUUCAUAUUCAGUACUGCAUUGAUGGGGGUGCACAUUAGAAUGAAUGAAUAUCACGACGAAAAUAAUCAUAUUAGAAAAGAAUGUACUACAGCAAAAUUUUGCUUCGUUUU